CACCAUUGGACAAAGUACGUCCGCGUUGUGGAAAUUCUCCGUAUUGUAUGCCUUUUACAGGCCUCCGUAGUUUACGAAACUUUCCUGACGGACGCUGACCUGGGUUUUGAAGCAAACCUAGCUACAUUUUACAGGAAAAGGAAGGAGGAAUGUGGUUAUGAUGUGUUCUUUGGCUCUGUUCCCCCCACCGCUGUCCGGCGAUGGAGAGACUUCUCAAUACAACGAGUCCAACACAGAUCCAUCCGUCUGGUUUGAGGAUUCACCUGCUCUGAAUCUGUACUUCCCGCGAGAGUCACUGAAGCCUCACAGCCGCCAAGAGAGCAGCAGCAAGUCGGCCUUUAGAGACCACUGUGAGACGCUGUACACGAGGAGUGCAGGGGCUUGGCGUGAUGCUGGCCUGUCUGGACUCCUAAAUGAGAUCGCCAACUCCAGUGCAGAGGUGCCCAAGUGGCUAGGGGUGAGCUCGAGCUGUGUCCUGGCCUUGCUACGCUGGGUUUCCUCCUUCCACAGCUCUCUGUUUCCUCACCUAACAUUGAGCAGUGAGGAAAUGACCGCCGAGUUUUCCCAAGUGCUGGACUGGUCGGACUGUGCAGUGCGGAGCUUUGCCUGGCACCCACACACUCAGAAGUGUGCCGUGGCCCUUUCAGACGAUUCCAUCAAGAUCUACAACCCCAAGAGGUUAAGUCUGUCGCAAUGUGCUACUACUCCCACCCUGAAGCACCGUCUGCAGCGCAGUGUGGCGGCUCUGCAGUGGAAGCCUUUGUGUGCGUCUGCCCUGGCCGUCGCCUGUCACAACUGCCUGCUUGUCUGGCACGUGGACCCCACCUCACUUUCUACCAGGCCUUCCUCUGGCUGUGCCCAGGUCCUGUCUCACCCAGGCCAUUCCCCCGUCACGUCCGUCGCAUGGUCACCUAACGGACCUCUCCUGGUGUCGGCCUCUCCCAGGGACACUGCCAUGCUGGUGUGGGAUGUCGCUGUUGAGAGCUGUGUGCCUCUCCACCGCGUGGGAGGGGGAGGAGUCACGUACCUGUCCUGGUCUCCCGAUGGCAGUCGUGUGCUGGCAGCUACACCCUCCUCCCUCUUCAGGGUUUGGGAAACCAGGAUGUGGACUUGUGAGCGGUGGCCUAGUCUGAAGGGACGCUGUCAGUCUGGCUGUUGGAGUCCUGAUGGGAGUCGGCUGCUCUUCAGUGUGCAAGGAGAGACCGUCAUCUAUGCCCUGACCUUCACUGACAACCCAGGGAUGCCCUUAAUGAUGUCAGGUGGGCCAAAGGCAGCAACAGUGGUGGCCGACCUGUCCGAGACCACCUUAAAUACACCCGACGGAGAUAUCAUGGUCGGAGGAGAGAUCCAGUCAUUGGCGUGGGAUCCGAGAGGAGAGCGUCUAGCCGUGCAUGUCAAAGGAGACGCCGGAGCAGGCCGCCCUGCCAUGAUCGCAGUGUUCAAGACUCAAAUCAGCCCCGCUUUUAAGCUUCUGCCAUGUGGUUUUGUCCAGGGGGAGGCCGGGACAGAGCCCAGACUGAUGCAGUUUAACCCCAACUACCAGCAUGGAGCCCAGCUCACUGUGUGUUGGUCCAAUGGGAAGAUUACCCACGUGCCUUUCUGCUUUAUGAGUGCUGGGAAUCCCCAGCCUGGCCUGGGAGGCAGCCCGUCUCUCCCCCUGACCCAGGGCAGACCAGCCGACUACAACAACCAGACUCUCUACACAGAACUCAUCUCCUGACCACAAACCCACACAUACACACACUCAAACUAACACAGAAACCAUAUUUCAGUACAAUUUAUACUUUUUUUUUUUUUUACACUUUGUAAAUAAACAUGCACAAAGUGUAAUGCAAAUUGUGAAUGAUUGUGUCUUUUUGAAUUCCUAGACCAAGACAUGGUAAGGGGGUUGGUGGAAUGGGGUUAACGUCUAGGCAGCGCUGGCCCGUUCUUUCAAAAGAGAUAAACAAGGUGAUUGGGAGUUUGGAGCGUUUUAAUGGAGAUUUUCAUUAGUCUUACUUAGACUUAAAGUAUUCCCAUGCACAAUAGAUACACUCACCUGGAAGUUUAAUAUAAGUACACCCAUCUAGUACAGGGUCAGACUCCCCUUUGGCUCCAGAACAGCCUGACUUCUUCGGGGCAUUCUACAAGGUGUGGGAAACGUUCCACAGGGAUGUUGGUCCGUGCUGACGCGAUGACAUCAUGCAGAUUGGACGGCGGUACUUUCAUGCGGCGUACAAGCCGUUCCAUCUCAUCCCAAAGGUGCUCUAUUGGGUUGAGGUCUGGGGACUGCACAGGCCACUCAAGUAAACUGAACUCACUGUCAUGUUCCAGGUGGUGUUUUUCCACUCCUAAAUUGUCCAGUGUUAUUCUCCCACUGGAGCCCUCUUUUUAGCUGAUAGAAGGGGAACCCAGUGUGGUCGUCUGUUGAAAUAGCCCAUCCGUGACAAGGAUCGAUGAAUUGUCCGUUCCGAGAUGCCGUUCUGCACCCCACUGUUGUACUGUCCCAUUAUUUGUCUGUGGCCCGCCUGUUCGCUUGUGCGAUUCCUGCCAUUCUCCUUCGACCUCUCCUCAAACAAGCUGUUUUCACCCACAGGACUGCUGCUGCUGACUGGAUGAUUUCUGUUUGUCGCUCAAUUCUCUGUAAACCCUAGACACUCGUGUGUGAAAAGCCCUGGAGGGUGGCAGCUUCUGAGAUACUGGAUCCGACGCACCUUAGGUCACUCAUUUUGCCCAUUUUAACAUUAAAUCGAACAGGAACUGAAUGCCCGAUGCCUGUCUGCUUGCUUUAUAUAGCAAGCAACAUGACUCACUGUCUGUAGGAGUGAUCUAUUUUUGUGAAUGGGGGUGUUGUACCUAAUAAACUGUCCGGUGAGUGUAUAUGAUCGUAUACAAAUGGAAUCAAUGUUUGACAUUAUUCUGUUCCUGUCAUACUGCAUCUGUUUGGGGUUCUUGCGGUCAAUUUGCAGUCUACAGAUGAUUUAUAAUAAUGUUCUGGCCCCCUGACUUCGCUCAAGAAAAAAACAUCCCGCGGCUGAAUCUAUUUGAGGAUCCCUGUCUAAUUUAAUCAAGUCUACUGUGUAUUCUCUUAAUCUAUGUUUAUCUUGGCAAUAAUGUUUUCAAUCUUUAAAAAAACUAAAACAAUCUGGCAUUAAUGGUAUAGCUUUGCCUUCGGUCAAUAACUCAAAGAUGUAGGUCUACGAAGAUGAUAUUUGUGAUUUUCAAUGUAGGUUUGUAAUGAGAAUAAUUUCCCUUUAAGAAGAUAUCACUGUUUAGUCUUAAGUCUGAUUUGUAUUGCUCAGCAGACAGAUAUGGAAAGGUAUUGUGGGGAAAGCACACAACGGCAAACACCUGUCAAUGUGUUGACGCGUCAGUAAGACAUUACUGUUAAUAAACAAAAUACUUCACAAUUCCAUUCAGCACAAUUUCUUUAUUUAUGCUUAUUAAUUCAAACAAACAGAAGCCAACCAUGCCCGGCCCAACCCUGAAACCGGUGAAUGAUUACAGACAGUACUUUCAUUCCUGUGUAAUGAGAUUUUCUCAGAGCUAAAACACACACUCACGCACAGUCUCGCAUACUCACACACAUACCAUGCACUCACAAACAUAAAAAAAAAAAAAAAAAAAAGUUAACUGAACUCCCAAGAAAUACAACUACAAAAAAAAACUUAAAGUAUACAGACCUUGGGUUCAGUUACCAAAAAAAAAGCUAUUCAACUCCCAUGCCAUGUCCGUACUUACUCAAAAGAAACGCAAUUAAAAAUCAACUUCAUUGUUACUUGGUUUUUCCUUUUUAUUUCCAAUUUACAUCAAUUAAAAGUGUAACAAAAUAAAAACAGACAAGAAAUGAUCAUGAUCAUAAUAAAAAUGAGUAACAACAAAAGAAAUGACACACCCUCUCACACAGACAGAGACGAGCCACCCUGGUUGUUUUGGGUAGCUCUCCUUGGAGUCCCGUGAUUCUUUUUGUGGGGCGUAGACUCCAUAGGAGAAUAUCCAGAGUCACUUGGUUCCCUGCCUUGAAUGGCUGCACCUGUCCUCCAAGGUGGGGUGUGUGUGUGUGGUGUGUGAGGCUAGUGGGGGUUUGGGGGAACAAUGACUGAAUUCUAGAACUCAUAGCACCUUCUGAAGACAGCAAA